AGAUUGCGAAGCCGCCGCCCUUAUUUGGUUCUCUUCCUUACGUAACCUUCUCCUUUUCUCGCCGUCUCCGGUCUCGACCACAGGUUCUGCAUCCUACUCCGGCGCGCCCGCCGAUAUCAUUCUGUAUGUAUUCUAUCUCGCACGGGAAGGUUAGUAGUUUCUAAUGGAGUAGUUGCAGUUUGAAAGUUUGAAAGUGCAUCACAGCCAAGCGUUCCUCAAUUCCCGUCUGAUCAGGACUGCAGUCUCCUUCUACACGAGCGCUAUAAACAAAUCCAAUCCAUAGGAUGGUAAAAAAAAAUUUGGAGAAAGGUAAAGGCUUGGUUUCAAAGGCAACCAAGAAAAGUAGGAACCAUGGAGAGAUUAAGCCAAAGAAGAAAAGUAUAACGAAGAAGAUGUCAGAAUCUAAACAUGUAAAUGUUCCUAAUGACUCUGAUGUGAGAAAAAACCAUUUAAGGUUGAGAAGACAACAAGCCAGACAAAGGAAAGCGGAAAGACGUAAAAAUCAGGGUGAUGAAAUUUCAGGGAAUGGUAGUUUACACAACAUGGACGUAACAAUUAGUCCUGCGGGUCAUCUCUCUGGUUUGCAGGUCAAUGCAAAUUCCGGUGUUGAGAAGAUUGGUGAACAUGCAAAUGUUCACAUUGAUCUUGUAAAUGUGAAACGGAUGAAAAAAAGACGAAAAAUUGAGAUGAAGUAUAAAAGUGAGGCUGAUCUCUUUGAGAAUAUGUGUCAACAUUUGGAUGUUCAUAUUGACCCAGGGAUGUUACAUACACUGACUACGACAAAAAAGCUUCUCAUCUUAGACAUCAAUGGAAUACUCGUUGACAUUGUACCAAUUGGAGUUAGCUCACAGCGCGUAAUUCCACAAAAACAAGUUCAUACAAGACCAUUCUAUAAUGGUUUUCUGCAAUAUUGUUUCAAUAAAUUCCAUGUUGCCGUCUGGUCAUCAAGAAACAAGAAAAACCUGGAUGCAGUCAUUAAGUAUCUCUUUGGGGACUCAUCACCAAACUUUCUUUUUAUUUGUGAUCAGUCCCACUGUACCAACACAGGUAUCUAUACACUAGAAAAUAAGAAGAAACCCCUAUUUCUGAAGGAACUAAAAAGUCUAUUGGAAGGGAAUAUUAUUACUCUGCCAUGGACUGAUGGGUGGUUCAAUGAAUCAAACACAUUGUUAAUUGAUGAUUCACCCUACAAAGCGUUACGAAAUCCGCCUCACACAGCAAUAUUCCCUCAGUCGUAUGAUUUCAAUGAUGAAAACGACCGUUCAUUGGGACCUGGUGGGGAUCUUAGGCUUUAUCUGGAGAGACUAGCAUCUGCCGAUAAUGUUCAAAAUUUUGUUAAGGAGAAUCCGUUUGGUCAGGCUCCCAUCACUGAGACGAAUCCAUCCUGGGAAUUUUAUCUCAAGAUAUCAGGCAACAACAACAAUGCCUCAUCCGAAAAGCCUGUCAUCAAUGGAGCCUCAUCCGAAGAGCCUGUCAUCAAUGGAGCCUCAUCCGAAAAGCCUGUCAUCAAUGGAGCCUCAUCCGAAGAGCCUGUCAUCAAUGGAGCCUCAUCCGAAGAGCCUGUCAUCAAUGAAGCCUCAUCCAAAAAGCCUAUCAUCAAUGGAGCCUCAUCCGAAGAGCCUGUCAUCAAUGGAGCCUCAUCCGAAAAGCCUGUCAUCAAUGGAGCCUCAUCCGAAGAGCCUGUCAUCAAUGGAGCCUCAUCCGAAGAGCCUGUCAUCAAUGCAGCCUCAUCCGAAAAGCCUGUCAUCAAUGGAGCCUAACCGCAAAUUUAGUUUAUUGUUGUCAUUUUUGUUCAAUUUGUUAGGCCAUGAGAAAAGAUGAUGCAUCAGAUUUUGGUUAGUUGGUAAUAUGACAAUUUAAUGUUGUAGAUUACUGCCAAAGAUUAGCUUUGAAUGUUUAAACUAGAUUUAUUUCAUCUAUUGAAUUUUCACAA